AUGCAGUCCAGUUCAGGAUCACGGGUCCUCCGUACCUUGGGCCGAGUCGAACGUUACCAGUCCGCCCUACACCUGUUGGAUCUCUAUCCCAGCACCGUCUUAACAUGCCACUACAAAAUCCCACAUCAUUUCAUCACAGCUCCUGCGGGUCAACUGGACCUUGAGGAGUUCUGGGAACAUGCAGUUACUCGAAACAUCAUUCAGCAUCCUUUAAUGCAGGUUGGUCAAAUCAACAAAGAUUCCGCGGAGCCAGCAUGGGUCCAACUUAACACUAUUGACCUGUCUCGGCAUAUCUCCUGGAGACUGGUCAGCUCUUCAGAAGACUAUCCUACAAUUCGCGAAAGGAUACCCCACGAGCAGCUCAGAAUGAAAUUCGUUGACCUUGAAACCCGCCCUGGCUGGAGGAUGGUGGUACUGAAGAGAGAAUCUGAGGAUUUAUUAGAAGCCAUCCUGGCCUGGAAUCAUCCCCAUUUCGACGGAACUGGCGCAAAGAUAUUUCACGAAACCAUGCUUCAGACUCUAAACCAGGCCAGUGAAGGCUCCGACUUUCCACUUGUUCGCAACCACAUUCUUAAGACAGUGGCCAACAAUCAAAACCUCCCACCUCCUCAAGAGACUGCCGGCAACUGCUCUACUUGCUUUGGCUACAUGGCCGACACGAUCUGUGAAGAUGUCAAGCCGAGGCUCUUUGGGUGGGCAUCUACACCUCCCAUUAUCUGGCCACCUAUCUCCGCGAAACCUUAUGAAACUAGGUUCCGAACCUUAACCAUUGACAGCCGCAUGCUCCAGGGUGUACUCACGGCUUGUCGAGCGCACAAGACAAUUCUGACAGGUCUUCUGCACGCCAUCGCCCUCAUCAGCCUCACUCCAAACGUUCCAAAAGAGGUGGUGGAAGUAACAGGGAGCACUCCUCUCAACCUGCGGCGAUUCAUCCCAGCGCGAUCUGAAGCGUUCCCCGACCUUGAGCCUGACAGGACGAUUCGCGGUCGGAUUAAGACUACAGUGGAUGGUUCCAAGUUUCCAACUUGCGCAGACAUCAUGUGGGAUGUGUCGGCGAGAGUGCGGGCGGAACUUCAGGAGAAGCUCAGCCAAGGUCUCAAAAACGACUUGGUCGGCAUGAUGGGCUUCAUUGCCGACUGGAGAGAGUAUGCCAAGGAAGCACAGCAAAAGCCAAGAGCGGCCACUUGGCUCGUCACCAACUUGGGAGUCCUCGAUGGAGAAAACAGCCCAGACCUGGUCGAUAGGUGGUCAAUUUAG